GGGGUGAGGGAGCGCCCGGCGGAGGGAGAGGGGGUGAGGGAGCGCCCGGCGGAGGGAGAGGGGGUGAGGGAGCGCCCGGCGGAGGGAGAGGGGGUGAGGGAGCGCCCGGGGCGAGCCUGACCAGCCGGUGGUGACCAUGGCCCCGAGAGACUAUCAGAGCGAGAAAGAGAAGUGUAUCAAGUUCCUGCAGGAGUUUUACACAGAUAACGAAUUUGGGAAGAAGCAUUUCAAAUAUGUCGACCAAUUGGUGCAAGUUGCUCACCGUGAGCAGGUGGCUCUCUAUAUUGACCUGGAUGACAUUGCAGAGGAGGACCCGGAGCUGGUGGACUCGAUCUGUGAGAACACUCGCCGAUAUGUGAACCUUUUUGCUGACGCCAUUCAGGAAGUGUUGCCGCAGUACAAGGAACGAGAGGUGGUGAGUAAGGACGCUCUGGACGUUUACAUCGAACAUCGGCUGAUGAUGGAGCAGCGGACACGUGAUCCCAACGAAGUCCACGAUGCACGCAACCAGUACCCGGCCGAGCUCCUACGCAGAUUCGAGAUUUACUUCAAGCAUCCCAGUACAAUGAAGCCAAAGGUGAUCAGGGAUGUGAAGGCAGACAGUAUUGGAAAGCUCGUGACUGUCCGAGGUAUUGUUACCCGAGUAACAGAGGUCAAACCCAUGAUGGUGGUUGCCACAUAUACGUGCGAUCAGUGUGGGGCAGAGACCUACCAGCCGAUCCAGUCUCCUACCUUCAUGCCACUGAUAAUGUGCCCCAGCCGUGAAUGUCAAACCAACAAGUCCGGAGGAAGGCUUUAUCUGCAGUCCCGAGGGUCAAAAUUCAUCAAGUUCCAGGAGAUUAAGAUCCAGGAACAUAGCGACCAGGUGCCAGUGGGAAACAUUCCCCGCAGUAUGACUGUGUACAGCAGGGGGGAGAACACCAGGCAAGCUCAGCCCGGGGACCACGUCAGCAUCACUGGCAUCUUCCUGCCCAUGAUGAGAACCGGCUUCAGACAGGUGGUCCAGGGUCUGCUCUCAGAGACGUACUUGGAUGCUCACAGGAUCAGUCAGAUGAAUAAAACUGAAGAUGAUGAGUUAGGGGCACAGGAGCUGAGUGAGGAGGAGCUGCGACAAAUCACAGAGGAUGACUUCUACGAGAAGUUGGCUGCCUCGAUUGCCCCGGAGAUCUAUGGACAUGAGGAUGUGAAGAAGGCACUGUUGUUGCUCCUGGUUGGGGGUGUCAACCAGUCUCCUAAAGGAAUGAAGAUCAGAGGAAACAUCAACAUCUGUCUGAUGGGAGAUCCAGGUGUGGCCAAGUCCCAGCUGCUCUGCUACAUUGACAGACUGGCACCAAGGAGUCAGUACACCACAGGCCGUGGUUCUUCGGGCGUGGGCUUGACUGCCGCAGUGAUGAAGGACACGGUUACCGGGGAGAUGAUUCUGGAAGGCGGAGCUCUCGUGCUGGCUGACCAAGGGAUCUGCUGCAUCGAUGAGUUUGACAAGAUGAUGGACUCUGACAGGACGGCCAUUCAUGAAGUCAUGGAGCAGCAGACCAUCUCCAUUGCUAAGGCUGGGAUCAUGACAACAUUGAAUGCCCGUUGCUCAAUCCUGGCUGCAGCAAACCCUGCAUAUGGUCGAUACAACCCCAAGAAAUCAGUUGAACAGAACAUCCAGCUCCCAGCGGCACUGCUGUCCCGAUUUGAUCUCCUGUGGCUUAUUCAGGAUAAACCUGACCGAGACAACGAUCUGAGGCUCGCUCAGCACAUCACCUACGUACAUCAGCACUGCAAGCAGCCGCCCUCGCAGUUCCAGCCGCUGGACAUGAAGCUCAUGAGGCGCUACAUCACCCUGUGCAAGAAGAAGGAGCCAACAAUCCCAGAGUCAUUAGCUGAUUACAUCACUGCCGCUUACGUAGAGAUGAGGAAGGAGUCAAGGGUCAACAAGGAUACCACCUUUACCUCUGCCAGGACAUUGCUGUCGAUUCUGCGUAUCUCCAUUGCACUGGCUCGGCUUCGCCUGGUUGACACCGUGGAGAAGGAAGACGUGAACGAAGCGAUGAGGCUGAUGGAAAUGUCCAAGGACUCUCUGCUCGGGGAGCGCGAUCAAACCACUCGGGCCCAGCGCCCAGCGGACGUGAUCUUCGCCACGAUUCGGGAGAUGGUUGCGGACAUGACGGUGCGUACUGUUAAAUACUCCGAGGCUGAGCAGAGGUGCAUCUCAAAGGGAUUCACGCCGGCACAGGUGGAGGCUGCGCUGGAGGAAUACGAGGAACUCAACAUCUGGCAAGUGAACCAAGCCCGGACUAAGAUCACCUUUGUCUGAGCAGCGGCCCACUGACACGGUGCAGACUGACCCUGUUUUAGAUUGGCUCGGCUUGGCAGCUAUCGUGUGCUUGUGCUCUUGCCACUAAUUCGUGCUUAUUCUUGUUCAGUGGAGGAGAUGAGUUGAACAAAUUGAUUAAUAAAAAUGAUUUGUACCUUU